AUGGCGUCGGAGAUUCGGGAUAAGGAGUUGGAGAAGGAUAAUCAGAACGGACCUGUUGAUCAAACUACCACCGACGACUCGCAAGCAUCCGAUAACGACGGCGGCGAGCGCCCCGUUCGGAACAAGUUAAAAGAAACCUCGAUCACGGCAGCCCCUAAAACGACGUCCACGACAUUCGAGACAGCGCAGGAGGGCGAAUCAAGUAGGGAAAGCAGCCGGGGCAGGAAGCGAUCAUUCGACGACGACGAGAUGGAAAAUACCGAAGAUGAGCCUGGCCAUCGGCGGAAGAGAUCGCGCGACUCGAGUACAGAGGAACCGACCACAAAGCCUGAUGAGGGUCUGGCGCCUGAGUCCGGAAGUACAUUGAAGAAGAAACGAAGCAGGGAUCAGCUGGAUAAGGAUGAAAAGACCGAGGAAAAGGGAGAAAAGCCGAAUGUUAAGGAUAGUACGGAGGGCGGCGCGUCAGCAGGGACACCUGCAGCCGAAGGGCAGCCUGAGAAGAAGCGGCAUAGGGACGAUUCUCAGGAGCGUGGCUCGGUACCUCUCCCUAGUGCGUUCGCGAACACGUCCUCCGUGUCUCCGUUUGGUUCAGUUGGCGGCUUAACAUCAACUUCGAAACCAGCAGAAGAGGAAAAACCAGCUACAUCAUCCUCAGCCUUCGCCUCGUCAAGUCUAGCCGCAUUCGCCAGCUCAGAACAGUCCCCCUUUGGGUCUUUGGGGGCCUCAACACCUUCUAUCUUCAAGUCCUCAGCCGAAUCCACGCCGGCAGAAACAACGAAGCCUGCUGCAACCGGUUUUUCAGCAGCUACCAAACCUUCAGGCUUUGCAGCGUUAGGCUCCGGAUUCUCAGGGUUCAGUGGUGGCUUUGGAGGAGCAGGCUCAAGUGGUGGCUUGACGAGCUUUGCUUCUGCUACUGCACCCAGCGCUCUGGGAAGUACGAGCUCGAAGCCAUUCGGCGCUGAAGCCGAUUCAGACGACGAGGAUGAUAAGGAGGAUGACGGAGACAGUGAACCGGCCGAGUUUGCAGAGGAUAAGACCGACGAGAGAUUUUUUGAAAGGCGCAUCGAGACUGGUGAAGAGGAGGAAAAGACGUACUUCUCCUGCAAAGCCAAGCUUUUCCACUUCUCAGACAAGGAGUGGAAGGAACGCGGUCUUGGCACGUUCAAGGUCAACGUCAAGGUGACAGAUGGCGUCGAGGACAAGAAGUCGGCUCGCAUGAUUAUGCGCGCAGAUGGAGUCCACCGUGUGAUGCUCAACUCGCCCCUGUUCAGGGGCAUGACAAUCGGCGAUGCCACGGGCAAGGAACCGAAAUCCAAACAGAUCAGCUUGGCGAGCUUGGAAAAUAGCCGCACUGUUCCACUCUUGCUCCGGACGGGGAGUGAAGACCAGGCCAAGGAGUUAUACCGGGUUCUCCAAGAUCUGCUGGAGCACCAAUGA